AUGGUCCUACCGUCCAUAUACUCCCACGAAGGACUUUCUCGGACAGAUGCUAAUAAACCAAUCACCUCCGGGAAGAAGCGAGAAAACCUUCCUACUGAGUAUACCUUGAAAACUAUCGACGAUAGGGUUCAAGCAGCAGUGGAACAGCAAGAUCACGAUGGAGAUAUAGAGAUGGUUCCUAUGGAGAAUGAGCAAGAGGUUGAUCUAAUAACGUCGUAUGUGAGUUAUUCCCGUGAUGCAAAUUAUUAUGACGACGAUUUGAAUAUGAAUAUAGAGCAUGCCCCUGAUUUCUCGUUAGUAGAGGGAAAUAUAUCAUUCUUGAUUAUAGAUACCAAUUUUUGCAUAUCGCAUCUAACUAUCCUCGAUGAACUCAACAAAAUAGCAAACGACUAUGGCCUUAUGAUAAUAAUUCCAGUCUAUGUGAUUCAAGAGUUGGAUGGGUUAAAGAACUCGACAAAGUUGGAAACAGGAAACGAAUCAGUCAGAAAUCUUGCUAGAUGGGCGAAUGAGUGGAUAUAUAACCAGCUCGCCAAUGGUCUGACUAUAGUGAAGGGACAAAAACUAAAUCAAAGACUAAAUGCAGACUUGACAAAGGAUGAUGCUAUUCUAGAUUGUUGUCUUUAUUUUCAACACCACUAUGCACAUCAUUUGAUUGUUCUUUUAUCAAAUGACAAAAACCUAUGCAGUAAGGCUUUGAUGCAUGAGAUCCUAACUGUCAGUUUUCGACAAGGCAUGGAGGCGAAAUUGAUUGGUCAAAAGAUAAUGGAAGAAAGUUUGUCGAGAUUUGGCCAACGUGAAGCAAAGUAUAAGCUCGUUGUUAACCAUGAAGUGCCAACCCAGCCGCAGUCUUUGGCGCCCGAGAUUACUGAAGUUGCAAAUACCAUAACCACUACUGAAACAUCACCACUGACAGUAAUUUAUACAGAGAUUCAAACGCUUUUACUGAGUGUCUUACAUCGUUGUAUGGUUGCAGAGUACCAAGAGGACCUUGAUCUAAUACGGGACUACAAAAAGGACAACUUGGUGAAUUUACGUCAGUGCAGCCAAUUAUUAAUUCGAUUUUGGUCUUCCGUAUUUCAACAAUAUUUCAAAGCGAUGCCAGGAAGAUUUGUGCCUUUUGAAGAAAUCGGCCAAGGUAGACGGCUGAAAAAGAUACCUGUAUAUACUGACGAACCAACUCCCCAAAAUGUCGCAAAAUUUGUUGCUUUUUGGUCAGCAGUGUUGAAAGUGUUGUACCAUGGCAUCAUGAAUGAGCAAGAAAAUGAGGCAUUGGAUAUUUUUAUACUCCGGUGGAAGGAUUUGGCACCGAAAAUUUGA